AUGAACCCACAUGCCCUGUCAAGGGAAUUAGAUAAAAACCCAGAGCUGGAGACGAGAAAUGAAUCGGUAAACGAUCAACCAUCUCCAAGAUGUGUACUGGAGAUACCUGUGGUGGGGUCGGACUCUGAUACCAGCAGCUGCAGCAGCAAUUCUACUUCAUUUUCUCCCAAAAUUAAAGGGAACCCAGAUUCUUAUGGUUUGCAGUGGAAGAAUUUAAUUGGAAAAAUUGAGAAGAAAUCAGCUCGAAGUUUCUCUCUUAUUCCUUUGCUGCCAAGUUAUGAUAUUUCCAGGAAGAACUCAAGGAGGUCGAAGCUGCUAAAACUCCAUGCCUCUGAGGAACAAGAUGUUGGUACUGAUUUCAUGGCAGUGCCUAAGCUAUCAUGGAAAUAUUUUACCUACUCAGAGCUUGCUGCUGCUACUGACAAUUUCUGUCCUGAGAAUUUGCUCGGAAAAGGGGGGCGUGCGGAGGUGUACAAAGGGCAAUUACCUGAUGGUCAAGUUGUAGCAGUGAAGAAACUAAUGAAGAAUGAGAAAGAAGAGGAGGAUCGAGUGAAUGAUUUCUUGUCAGAACUUGGGAUUAUUGCUCACAUAGAUCACCCAAAUGCAGCUCAUUUAAUCGGAUUCAGCAUCGAUGGAGACUUGCACUUGGUCCUUCAGUUUUCCCCUCAAUGCAGCCUUUAUUCUGUUCUUUUUGGUUCACCGGAGCGCCUAGACUGGAAGACAAGGUUUAAGGUAGCCAUUGGUAUAGCAGAUGGAAGGCGCAUUAUACACCGAGACAUGCAAAAUUUUGAUCGAAUAAAAACUCAAUCUCAUAAACUUAAAUAG